UCUUUGCCCUCCCUCUCUCCUCUCUCCGCAAUUGUCUUCUUCUCGGCUUCGAUCUCGUCUGAGAUCCGAUCAAUUGGCGGUGGAAUCCAUCGGAACGACGGGAGGGGGCGAUGUACGGGUUCGAGGCCCUCACGUUCAACAUCCAUGGAGGGUACCUGGAGGCCAUCGUCCGCGGCCACCGAUCGGGCCUCCUCACCGCCUCUGACUACAACAACCUCUGCCAGUGCGAGACCCUCGAUGACAUAAAGAUGCACCUUUCUGCCACCGAGUACGGUCCCUACCUCCAGAACGAGCCAUCUCCUUUACAUACAACUACAGUUGUGGAGAAAUGUACUCUUAAGCUGGUAGAUGAAUACAAGCACAUGCUAUGUCAAGCAACAGAGCCCUUGUCAACCUUCUUGGAAUAUAUAACAUACGGCUAUAUGAUUGAUAAUGUUGUUCUUAUUGUCACUGGCACAUUGCAUGAGAGAGAUGUUCAGGAACUUUUGGAGAAAUGUCAUCCAUUGGGAAUGUUUGACAGUAUUGCAACUCUUGCAGUUGCCCAGAAUAUGCGUGAGCUUUACAGAUUGGUUCUUGUUGAUACACCAUUGGCCCCAUAUUUCUCAGAGUGUAUCACCUCAGAGGACUUGGAUGACAUGAAUAUUGAAAUUAUGAGGAAUACCCUAUACAAAGCAUACCUUGAGGAUUUUUACAACUUCUGCCAGAAACUAGGUGGAGCAACUGCUGAGAUCAUGUCUGACCUUCUUGCCUUUGAAGCUGAUAGGAGAGCUGUCAAUAUCACUAUAAAUAGCAUUGGCACUGAAUUGACUAGAGAUGAUCGUCGGAAGCUUUAUUCAAACUUUGGCUUGUUAUAUCCUUAUGGUCAUGAAGAACUUGCUAUCAGCGAGGAUAUUGACCAGGUCCGUGCUGUGAUGGAGAAAUAUCCACCAUAUCAGUCAAUUUUUGCCAAGAUAUCUUAUGGAGAAAGCCAGAUGCUGGACAAAGCAUUUUAUGAAGAGGAAGUGAAGAGACUCUGCUUGGCUUUUGAACAGCAGUUUCACUAUGCUGUCUUCUUUGCUUAUAUGAGACUGAGGGAGCAGGAGAUACGGAACCUUAUGUGGAUCUCUGAAUGUGUGGCACAGAAUCAGAAGUCCAGAAUCCAUGACAGUGUGGUCUUCAUUUUCUGAGUGCUGCAUGUUGAAAUGGAAACUCAAUCACAAGUCUGGAUAUGUUCCUCUCAUCAGUUGUUUCUGAUAUAUAAUCUCGUUCUCCCUUUUGCCUGUAACCUUAAACAAUGAUAUGUUAUCGAUGAUCAGAAUAAUGUGUGAUCGCACCAAUUAAACCAAACAAGAAGUUGUAAGUCAUAAACUUCUUAAUGGAAAUGGGAAGUUCUGCUCCA